AGACGCGUGGCCAGGUCACUGGUACAGCAAGUCUUCACGCCCUCCGGUCGACAUUCCACAGCACGAUAAAGACGCAAUGAGCGGACUAGCUUUCGAAGUCUAUAAGACUACCCCUGUCAAGAAAAAGAAGCAUUACAAGCCUAAGGUCCUUAAACUUGCUCCAGUGCUGCCACCUACUGCCGAGAUAGAGCCCUUCGAGUUCAACUUCGAUGAGAUAGAGGAUAAAGGCACCACUAUAUACACAAACGAUGUUGGGAGAUCGAUAUCGCCAGACGAAGAUCGAAAUUCAUUUGAGAAAGAUGAUGCUCAACGUCCUCGCAGACGACUCUCAUCAAAACCAAGUCCCGUCCACUCCAUAACCUCGUCGCUAUCCUCCGUGGCAGAAGUUAGUUCGCAGGAUGUAGAAUUACCUAUCGUUCAGGAGACUGCAGAGGAGGCUGCUCGUGAGACAGACAUAAAGAAAAGAUGGACAAUACUCGGGAGGCUCUCGAAGCUACUCCAACCCAAACGGCGAAGGUCACAACAGUCAACUGCAGAGAAUGGUGCUCGGAGGGACAAUGAGAGUCCUAACAUGUUCCAGCCAACCUUCCAAAUCGGUCAGUUCCGCACAAAGAGUCCUGAGAAAUGGGACACUCAUCAAGUUCAACUCGACUCCGGCAGCUGGUAUAACCUAGUCUUAAGACACUAUGUGGAGGAUGUCUUGGGUAUGGAAGAUCUUAUCAAGCCGGUACCCAAGAAUAUUGAUGAGCUAGUUGGAGCGGAUGGAGAACCAAUUUGCUGCACUGGGGUAGUUCAUUUGACCUGGAAAUGGAGAUGCUCAGGGACGUCUCUGUUCUUGGUUUUGGACAACUUACCGCACUGCAUCAUUUUCGGAGAGGAGACGAUCAUCGAGAAAAAGUUGCUGGCUAGCCCCGUCCAGGUUCUACUUCAUUUAAAGCAAUCAGAAGCAGCAAAAGCCCAGGACGAAGAAAGGAAACGACAGCAGGCAGUCACCAAAGCAGAGCAAGCAAAGAAGCAGGCGGAUGAACAGAGAGAGCGGCGUCAGGAGGAUGCGGCACGGAAUAAAAGGCCCUAAAACGUAACUUCUUCUGUGUCAUUAUACCGAAAUAAUUGGGUUGCGGGGUUUUUGGGCAUCUAGGGUGAGUCAAAGCGUUGGGAGAAAUGGAAGGAUUCUUUGGGCUUCUUGGGGAGUUUGAAUUGGUGUGAGAGCGCACGCAGACAUUAUACCUAUUUCCACAAGCGUUGGGCACUUUUAGCGAUAUAAUCAUUUGAGUUUUGAGCAAUCUUUAUUACAACUUUCUCUUCAGGGUCAUCGUCACUUUUUGCGAACGAAUGACGCACUUUGUCUGUGCAAAUUUUCCUACUGAAAUGAGUUUGAAGCAGCAGAGAUUCUGGUUAAUUGAAAGCAAUUGAAAUCUAUAUAUGGAAAGCCAUGAAGUGGAGAGAUUGGUUAAAGCAAUUCUUUCACAUACUUCAUUCCAAUUUUUGUUUCAACACAAU